ACAUAUUUAAAUAGAAAUUUAAAUUUUGCUCCCGUUUGGGUAUUGUUGAUUUUGUUUUAUAGACAUCUAAUAUUCAGCAGCUUUGUCAAAUGUCACUGAAAUAAUGAUAGCAAUUUAGUUAACUUUUUAGAAUGCCUUUUUGGUUGUUGUUGUUUUUAAUUUGAAGGUAAUAAAAAUUUGUCGAGGUUUAUGACUUCAGCCUGAGCAUUAUUCUUAGCUACUUUAGAACAAACUGUGCAAGGUGACAGUUUUGUGGAGGUUUCAAUUAUUUUGUUGUACAUAUAAAUAAGCAGUUUGUGCUUCUGUAGUAAGAAGUUUUGUAGCUCAUACUACAUAUUUGACAAUAAGCUAAUUGCGGAAGAAACAAGCCUUGUGUAAUUAACAGCCUGAUGACAAUGAUAUAGGAUUUAUAUUGAUGAACUCUCUUUAUAUGCCUACAUAUAGAGAUCCACUAUUUCAUUCACAGCAUUAACUUUCUUUAUACUUUUCUGAGGCUUUACAUAAUAUAUUAGCAACCAAACCAGAAUAAACAGCACAAUCCUAACCAUGCCUACACACUCCUUCUGAAUUCAAUGGAGUUUUACUCCCAGGAAGCAUUAUCAGUUGUGAGUGAAGACCAGUCUUUAUUUGAGUGUGCCUACGGAACUCCCCACCUUUCUAAGGCAGAGAUGACAGCCUCCUCUUCCAGUGAAUAUGGGCAGACAUCAAAGAUGAGUCCACGUGUUCCCCAGCAGGACUGGUUAUCGCAACCUCCAGCCAGAGUCACCAUCAAGAUGGAAUGCAAUCCAAAUCAAGUUAAUGGCUCAAGGAAUUCCCCUGACAACUGCAGUGUGGCAAAAGGAGGAAAGAUGUCCAGCAACACAGAAAACGUUGGCAUGAACUAUGGAAGCUAUAUGGAAGAAAAGCACAUCCCACCACCAAACAUGACCACCAAUGAACGGAGAGUUAUUGUCCCAGCAGAUCCCACAUUAUGGAGCACAGACCACGUACGCCAGUGGUUGGAAUGGGCAGUCAAAGAAUAUGGCCUGCCAGAUGUGGACAUUGUGCUGUUUCAGAAUAUUGAUGGGAAGGAAUUGUGUAAGAUGACCAAAGAUGACUUCCAGAGGCUAACACCAAGCUAUAAUGCAGACAUUCUUCUCUCACACUUACACUACCUCAGAGAGACUCCUCUUCCACAUUUGACUUCAGAUGAUGUUGAUAAGGCCUUACAAAACUCUCCACGGUUAAUGCAUGCUAGAAAUACAGGAGGUGCAGCUUUUAUCUUCCCGAACACUUCAGUUUACCCUGAAACUGCACAAAGAAUUACCACCAGGCCAGAUAUACCUUAUGAACAGGCCAGGAGGUCAGCCUGGACAAGUCACAGUCAUCCUGCUCCCCAGUCAAAAGCAGCUCAAGCAUCAUCUUCAACAGUGCCCAAAACAGAAGACCAGCGCCCUCAGUUAGAUCCCUACCAAAUUCUUGGCCCAACCAGCAGCCGUCUUGCAAAUCCAGGAAGUGGGCAGAUACAGCUAUGGCAGUUCUUGCUGGAGCUUCUGUCAGAUAGCUCCAAUUCCAAUUGUAUCACCUGGGAGGGCACAAAUGGAGAGUUCAAGAUGACUGACCCUGAUGAAGUAGCCCGACGCUGGGGGGAGAGGAAGAGCAAACCCAACAUGAACUAUGACAAGCUCAGCCGUGCUCUCCGUUACUACUACGACAAAAAUAUAAUGACUAAAGUCCAUGGUAAGCGUUACGCCUACAAGUUUGACUUCCAUGGAAUUGCUCAAGCUCUCCAGCCACAUCCUCCAGAAUCAUCCAUGUACAAAUAUCCAUCAGACCUGCCCUACAUGAGCUCCUACCAUGCACAUCCCCAGAAAAUGAACUUCGUUGCUCCCCAUGCUCCAGCCUUGCCUGUCACUUCCUCCAACUUUUUUGCCGGACCCACUCCAUACUGGAAUUCACCAGCUGGAAGUAUCUAUCCUAACACUAGGCUCCCGGCCACCCACAUGCCUUCUCACCUUGGCACUUACUACUAAAGGAAGAAACAAAACGAUAAGAGGACAUUUCUCCAAGGAAUACAAUGAAUUUUAUUGGAGGAUAUGAGCAAAAAGUGCCUAAAAGACAUGACAAGGUUGACUGGGACCGAAAAAUGCCAUAUACAAAUGCUUUUUUUAAAAAAAAAGGAUUACAGGAGAGUAUUAAAGAAAUUUAAAGAUGCUAUUAUGUAAAUUGUAUGUUGACAUUGAACUUACACAUCAAACAAUGAAAUACUGUUCUAGGUAGAAAAGUAUCUAAUGACAAAGUAUAAAAUGGGUUUCAGGAAAAGUUUAUAAGCUUUUACGUCACGAUUGAUAUGCUAAUGCAUAUUGGGACUCUACUACAGCAAUAUAAGGAUAAUUCUGUUACAGACUAGGAUACUACCUGCAUUUUUUAAAAAAAAAACAAAACAAAGACAAACCUACAGAACAGUGUCAUAAAUAUUUGUUUCUCAGUGCAGCGGUUUCAGCUGGGAUGAACUUAAAUACAUUCCAUUAUUAAGAGGGAGGGAUCAGCUAUUUCAAAACUGUGAAGACAAUGCAAGCUUUACGAUUCCUUGACAGUGUUAAAGAGCUCUGAGCCAAAUAUUGGGACUGAGAAUGUGCUGAAGGGCAAGUGUGUGAUUGUAGACAAAAGGGCACAACACACCAGGAAGUCCUCUAGUGCAAGUUCUACUAAAAUGAACUGGACCUGCACAAGAGCCCCUGGGUCGGAUACAUGAAGUGGAAAGGGGUAAGAGAAGGAAAGAGUCAUAAGAGUGAAGGAGAAGACAUUUCCUGUAGAUAUAGGGGAAACUGAAAACUGGACAGUGUUUGAACUAUGAAGAAUUACUUGUUUGGACUUGAGAAAUAUUCUGUUGACUAUUAUGCCAUUUCCAGUAUUAUCAAAGAAAAGACUUGAUUUUGUUAUUAAGUCUAAGAAGGGGGAAGUUGUAGUAUCAGAGUAUGCAUCUCUUUAUAAAAAUGUAAAACUGGAAUUGUCUGAUAUUUAAAAGUGACGCUUAGGACCUCAUUCUUCUAAAGGGAAUUUGUUUUCUACUGGUUGAAGGUAAGAGACAAUCCCCAGUUGCCAAAGUCUGAAAUCAUAUAGAUAUUUUUGUUAGGCAGCGCCAGUUUUUCUUUUCCGAGUCGCGAACGCUGUGCGUUUGUCAGAAUGAAAUAUACAAGUCAACGUUAUUUUUUUUUCCUUUUUAUAUAAUAAUUAUAUAACUUAUGCAUUUAUACACUACGAGUUGAUCUCGGCCAACCAAAGACACAGAAAGGGACAAUCAGAAAUAUUGUGGCCUUGAAUUUUAACUCUGUAUGCUUCAUGUUUACAUUAUGAACUUAACUAGUACUUAGAAAGCAGAAUGUAUGUAAUAAAAUAAGCUUGGCCUAGCAUGGCAAUUCAGAUUGA